AUGUCAGAGCCCAAGGCGAACGUGGUAGACCUAUCGAAACUAUCUCCGCAACAACUAUCAGGUCUAGGGCAGGACCUGGAGCAGACAAUCAAGGUACUACAGUCACAGUACAACGCCUUGGCUACGGCACACAGAAGGUUUGAGUCAACGAUUGAGGCGAUGGACAAGACAUGCAACGCUCAGUCGAAUAGCAUUUUGGUGCCCAUGACAGCAUCAGUUUACCAAGAAGGAGAACUCUUAAAUAAAAGAAGAUAUGUAGCCGAUGUUGGCGCUGGAUAUUACAUUGAGCGUGAGUAUUCUGAACACAAAAAGUAUUUCAGAAAACGGAUCGAUCAGAUUGUCAAUAGCAUCAAGCAGGUGUCUAUUGUUUUGAAUGAGAAGAAGGGAUGGCUUGAGCAAACGACGUUAGCUCUUAAACAAAAAAUUGCUGCCUCUGUUCCCGUAGAGUCCACGGCUGCACCAGUCGCUGCUCAAUAA